UCACGCAGUACAGACGGAGCUGGAGUGAAGCUGCUACGUCAGGUCAUCCUGCCUGCUCUUUGGUCCAGCAUCUUGGCAGCACUCGUCCACACGCCUUCGGUCUGCUCAGGAUGCCAGCACAAAAGAUGCGCCACGCAUUGCUGUGAACCACAUUUAUUACCCAUACACGCUGUUUGUUGGGGAAUCAGCCUGGACAAGGUGGAACCUGCGAUGAUGUCCUCAUACUACCACCCGGCCAAGGAGGCAGACAUGACGGCCAUGACGGAACCACUCUGCCUUGAAAGAGACGUAUGCAGGGUGAUCGAGCUGCUGGACCGCCUGCAGCGGACCGGAGAGCUGCCCCCUCCCAAACUGCAGGCCCUGCAGAGAGUCCUACAGAGCAAAUUCUGUGCUGCCAUCAGAGAGGUGUACGAGCAGCUCUAUGACACUCUAGACAUUGUUGGAGGGCCAGAGGUGCGAGCACAGGCAACAGCAAAGGCCACAGUGGCAGCCUUUGCAGCCAGUGAGGGACACGCCCACCCAAGGGUGGUGGAGCUGCCCAAGACAGAAGAGGGACUGGGCUUUAACAUCAUGGGGGGAAAAGAGCAGAACUCUCCCAUCUAUAUCUCAAGAGUUAUUCCUGGAGGGGUGGCCGACCGUCAAGGUGGGCUGAAGAGAGGAGACCAGUUACUGUCUGUCAACGGAGUGAGUGUUGAGGGAGAGCACCAUGAAAAGGCUGUGGAGCUGCUGAAGGCGGCCCAGGCAUCAGUCAAACUGGUGGUCCGCUACACCCCAAAGGUCCUGGAGGAAAUGGAGGCUCGCUUUGAGAAGAUGAGGAGCGCCCGGAGACGACAGCAGCACACCAGCUACUCAUCUCUAGAGUCCAGAGGCUAACUAAUCCAACACCUUCAUCCAAUUUAUCAUCCAGUUCUCCCGACUCUUCUGUUCCAGUGGGAAGCAAGAACAUAGAUGGAAGCAAAAAACACAAGUAGCCUACCAACAGCUGUUACCUGAGUUUCUUAAUGAAUACUGAAACGCUGCAGUUUAGGAUCCCUUUCCCUCUUUCUUAGACAAAUGGCAAAUGCUGAGCUAGCUUGUAGUCAGAACAUGUCUGUAAUUUCUCCUCCCAGAGUGAAGUCUUCCUCAGCAUCCUGUCACACGAGGGCAAAAGAUUCUCUUUAGUGUGUAGCUUAACAAGAACCUAAACUGUAUAUUCUCAAGUGUUUUUUUUUCCCUUUAGCAUUCUCAUUCAUUAUGGUGGCUGCACUCUUUAUCACAUUCUGCAGUAGACCUCAGUAGCAGGAAAAAAACAUAAUUUCUCCAUCUGACCCAGAUAGAAGGCUAGCUGUUAGCAUUUGUGGAUAACUUGUCAUUUUUGUUAAAUUGUUAACAUUUUUUGUAUUUUAGUUUUUAUUUGUCUAUAUAUUUAUUUGCAUAAUUGUCCAUAUAAUAAAGUCAGUGUAAAA